UAGUAUUAAAUCACUUUAUUAUUUUUCGAAGUAUUCUCCAUGAAGCACUUAUUCCACUCGUUUGCUGGCAGAUCCAAAACGGCAUUUUUGAAUGCGUCAACUGCUUCUUCUGGUGACUGGAACCUUUGACCACGCAGUCUGUUUUUAAUUUUCGGGAAAGUAAAGAAAUCGUAAGGACUUAGAUCGGGAAUAUAUGGAGGAUGGUCCAAUAAUUCCACGUUUU